AGAGUGCAGGAGGCACAGGACAGCAGCAGAAGAAGAAGAAGACCGAUGGAUACUCUGACAUGGACUGACCAGCGUUCUUCUGCCGUUUUUCCACCUCUGAGUCAAACCUGAAAAUGCACAUGUGGAGCGCAGCGCUUCUCUGAGAGCUGCAGCUUUGCUUGGUGCACCUUCACUGGAGCUAAGGAAUUAAACACAUGGGGAACGUUCUGCCUGGAUAUCAGUACGUUUGUGGAGUUUUUCCUUUUUUCCCCUUAAUUUUGGAGGCUUCUCAGAAAGGGUUGGUUAGAAACACAGAAGAUCUGACAAAUUUUGAGAAGAAUUUGGAAGAAAAGUUUCUUACUGUUUUGUAACACAGACAGAAUUUUUUUUUAAAAUUUUUAUCUAAUCUUUGCUUUUUCAGCUGCUCUUUUGUCCAUUUUGCAAGAGCUGGACUUCAAAGUGCAUCCCUAAACAUUUUUAAUAAAAUAGAAGAAACUUGAGUUGAAUGCCAGUUGGCUGAACAGUCCAUCAUACAUAAGAAUUUGUUGAAAAGGAGUUUUUUUUUUUUUUUUUACAGGUGCUGCAUUAUUUAGACUCAUCUUUCUCCCCUUGGACUGUGGAGGGACCCCCUCCCUGCCCUCCCAGCCUCUCCUCACCCCCAGCAGCAUGUCCCAGGCUCUGUGGCUGCCUCUGGUCCUCCACACAGCACACUACCAUGAUCAGAUGGACUGCUGGAGGGAGUAAGGCUGCCUCUGCCUCGUCCUGCUCUGGGGCCGGGUUCGAGGCUCGUUCCAGCUCUGGGACCAGGUCUUCAACAUCAUCACCAUCAUCAUCACCGUCAUCUCCAUCAUCUCCAUCAUCACCAUCAUCAUCACCAGUGUUGCUCUCCUCCUUGUCUUGGACUUUCCUGCUCACCCUGGUGCUGUUCUCCUUCUCUUUACCCGGCUCGUCCUGCCACCAGCUCCGCAAAGACAGACUGAGGCUGGUCAACCAGCGGACUCUCAGGGAACAUCCCCUGAACAUUACUGAGACUGACGUUGCUCUCUCUAGCAGGCCUCGGGCCAGUGGAGGUCCCCCAGGUCGGACUGGGGGGCCACAGGGGAGGCACAUACGCAGCUACUAUCAUCUCCAUGGGGACAAACGGAGGAGGAAGCUGUUCUCGUUUCAGAAGUUUUUCCUGAGAAUCGAUACGAAUGGAAAGGUCAAUGGAACCAAGAGCAAGGAUGACCCCCUAAGUAUGCUGGAAAUCACAUCUGUGAAUGUGGGCGUGGUGGCCAUCCGAGGCCUCAGCAGCAACUACUAUCUGGCAAUCAGCAGGAAGGGAGAACUGUACGGAGCGAGGGACUUCAGCGUCGACUGCGCCCUGAAGGAGCGAAUCGAGGAGAAUGGCUACAACACGUACGCGUCGGCCCAGUGGAGGAACAAGAAGAGGCAGAUGUUUGUGGGUCUGAACGUCCACGGGAGACCGCUGAGGGGGAAGAAAACCCGCAGGAACAACAUGGCCACCCACUUCCUUCCAAUUUUGGUGUGACAACUAGAGAAACUGGAGAGGAGAAUUAUGCAGCACUGGACUGAGAGAUUUGGAAUAACAUAACAAAUAAAUCUGGUAAAGACGUUUAAUAAGAAAUCUCUCAUUAUGGGAAAAAAAGGCACUAACACUGAAACAACUGAUCUCUAUUCCUGAUUUUAAGUGAGAUCACAUACUCUGUUUGAGAAGCUUAUUUCUGAUUUUUUUUUUUUUUUGGCACAAUUUGCAAUAUUUAUCCGUUUUUUGUGCCAAAGUGGUUUGCAACUGGACAAAAGUAUGUGUGAACUAGUAGGAGAAGUAUCUUGUAAUGUUAUUUAUAAUCCAUAUUUCCCUGUGAGACACCAGAUAAUCCGUAAACGUAAAGGACAGUGGUAGGAAGUUGACAAGAUGGGGGAAUUAUCGGCCCUUUUAUGCCUGACAGCAUUAAAUAAUAGAGAAUGCAACACAUUGACAACAAAUGUUUGAUACUUAACCACUGUGUUUUGACUGUACUGUUAUGAAUUAUUUAUUUUGUGAAAUAUUUAACUGGAGGGGAACACUUACAAGCAAGAAAUUCUUUGC